CUAAAUAGAAGAAACAUGUACAACUUGAAACGGAGACGGGAGUCUGUUGCAUCAGUAUACAGAAAAACAACGAAAUUUCUUACAACAAAUACUGCAAGCUUGUUAAAGAAAAUGCCAAAUACGCGAAAAUAUAACCUAUUAGCUAAAAUCGUAGAAGAUAAUUUAGCAAAUAAUGGAAACCUUGACAAAAAUGACGAUAAUGGUAGCGAAGAUAGUGAUCAUAGUGAUUUGGGUGAAAGAGAUUUAGACUACUACUUAGGAGUGAAAGAGAAAGAAACAUGCUGGAGGGAUUUAGCAGGGAGAGAACAAAUAAAGAAAGACUAUCUUUUAUAUCACUGUGGAGUUACCGAAGAGGACUACGAGAAACUAUACAAGAAAACUGUAAAAUCUAAACCAUAUAAAGCACAUCCGAGAUUAAAACAAGUACCGUUCAAAAUACAUAAGAAGCAUAAGAAAACCAAUAGUUUUAGAGAAGAAGUUGCCGAAUCUUGGGUUGAGAAAAGGGGUAUAUUCAAACUGUUUGGUAACAGACGUGAUAGUGACUCUACAUCUGAUAGUUACAGCGAAUGUGAUUCUAAUGAGGAUAUUAAAGUAUCAGAUACGUCUAACAUUGAUAAUAAUGAUAUUUGGAAUUUGACUGAUGAUUUCAAUGGCUGUAAUAUCGAUGCUUUGAAUAAAUUGAUGGGCGUCAGAAUAAAGGAGGUGUCAGAGGGCCGGCCUUGCGACAACUGUCCCGAACUUUGCCCCGGCUUCAUUUCACACCCUUGGAGGAAGACCUGCAAGUCGUGUGGCUGCGACCGGCUGCAGCACUCUGUCUACCACGAGGAGCUGGGCUCGGUGCGAGACCGGCUGGGCCUGAGGGAGACCAGGGGACACAUCGCCUACGACAACAGCCCGCCUGGACUCACUGCCAAGCAGGUAGGUUGCAGGAAGACCUGCAAGUCGUGUGGCUGCGACCGGCUGCAGCACUCUGUCUACCACGAGGAGCUGGGCUCGGUGCGAGACCGGCUGGGCCUGAGGGAGACCAGGGGACACAUCGCCUACGACAACAGCCCGCCUGGACUCACUGCCAAGCAGACUGAGUUAUAUUGGUCGGCGUUGGCCGAGCGGGCGCCGAACGCCGCUGGUGGCGCCACUGGCCCCGCCGCCUGGCGAGCUUGGCGAACCCGAGCUUUGGCGUACCAGCUACCGAGGCAGGAUCUGUCGCUAACGCAGUGCAAGAAUAUAGAUGAACCUCAUCGGAAACAGUUUGAGGACUUCGUAGCCGCCCGUAACGAAAUUGCGUUAGAUAUCGGAGUUGCCUGCCAACAUCAUGGUCCGUCCCUGGAUUGUAUGGGAUGCAAUAAAGUUAUACGUAAUGGAAAUAUUGCUAUUCAAGCUCCAAGAAUUAGUGAAGAGGCGUUCUAUCACCCAGCGUGCUUUACAUGCUCCGAAUGCGACGAGCUUCUUGUGGAACUCGCCUAUUGUGCCUUGGAUGGACGCCUGUAUUGUGUUCGACAUUAUGGAGAGAGGCUGAAACCGAGGUGCCAUUCUUGUGAUGAACUCAUUUUCAGUGGUGAAUACACCAAGGCGAUGAACAAGGACUGGCACAGCGGUCACUUCUGCUGCUGGCAGUGUGACGAGUCCCUCACUGGCCAACGCUACGUCCUGAGGGAUGAGCAUCCUUACUGCAUCAAGUGCUAUGAGAGCGCCUUCGCCAAUGGCUGCGAGGAAUGCAACAAGAUCAUCGGCAUCGACUCGAAGGAUCUGUCAUACAAGGACAAGCACUGGCAUGAAGCCUGCUUCCUGUGCGCCAAAUGCCGCGUGUCGCUGGUCGACAAGCAGUUUGGUUCCAAGCUGGACAAGAUCUACUGCGGUAACUGCUACGACGCGCAGUUCGCGAGCCGCUGCGAUGGCUGUGGCGAGGUCUUCCGUGCGGGAACCAAGAAGAUGGAGUACAAAACGCGACAGUGGCACGAGAAGUGCUUCUGUUGUGUGGUGUGCAAGAACCCCAUCGGCACCAAGAGCUUCAUCCCGCGCGAGCAGGAGAUCUACUGCGCCGGCUGUUAUGAGGACAAGUUCGCCACGCGCUGCGUCAAAUGCAACAAGAUAAUAACGCAAGGCGGCGUCACAUACAAGAACGAGCCAUGGCACCGCGAGUGCUUCACCUGCACGCACUGCAACACCUCGCUGGCGGGACAGCGCUUCACGUCGCGCGACGAGAAGCCCUACUGCGCCGAGUGCUUCGGAGAGCUGUUCGCGAAGCGCUGUACAUCUUGCUCCAAGCCCAUCACCGGCAUCGGCGGCACGCGCUUCAUCUCGUUCGAGGACCGACACUGGCACAACGACUGCUUCAUCUGCGCGCACUGCAAGCACUCGCUGGUCGGCAAGGGCUUCAUCGUCGUGGCGCAGGACAUCGUGUGCCCCGACUGCGCCAAGGAGCAGCUCAUGUAAACCCCCUUCUUCACUUAACUACUCCCUUUUGGCAUAAUCCGCUAUACUUGAGACGAUGUUUCCCUUCCCUCGUAUUUGUAAAACAGGUUCAUCUUUAAAAUACUGAGACCUCCAAUGCCUGAGAUCUAAUGAAUCUUUGAACUUGUUCAGAUUUAAGCUUCAGAAAAAACGAAACAGACCUGAAUCUGUCUAAUUUUUUUUAAAAUUCAGUCUGAACAAAGCCAAAGUGCGUUCUAUAAAUCUCAGCUUAAAAUUAGGAAAUACGUUAACGGAAAAACCGUUUUUCCUGGAUUUUAAUGGAGUGUUUUGUAAAACUGAAAACUAGGAUUCGGAACAACGCUCCUCGGAGUGUAUUUGAUAGAGAACCUUUAAAGCGAGAGGGAACACACAUUUUCUAGGCAAGCGCGUCCCAGAUCCUAGAUUUUUAUCACAGACUUUAUUUCUAAUUAUAAUUGCUUACAAUGUAGCAUGGAUACGCAAGCCUAUAUUAUAAAAAAAAAAAUCUGUAGCAAAUGUUAUAAUCGUUAUUCGGAACGAAGCCUGCCAGCUUCCGAAUAAUGGUUACAUUGACAAACUUUCAAACAAUUUAUCAAUUAACAUUGCCGUUUAAAUAUCUAGGUACCUACAUCGAUUUUAUUUUCUAUCGAUAACGCAUUGGAUCGAAUGAUUGAAGAAUUUCCACUUCUCUAUUGUGCCAAAAGGGACUUCCUAUCUGAAAAGAUAAUAACUCGCUCCUGCCCUAACGCACACCAUUCUCUCCUUACGUCUCAGUCGCACUAAUCAACGUACUUGGCAAUCGCAGACAGCAUGUCACCCAAAAUCACCAACAUAAUAUCGAUACCCGGUAUUUGAUACCAGGUUAUUAUGCCGGUCCAGUUAAAACUAGCGGGAAUAAUUUGAUUGGUAUAAAAUGUCGUAUGAUAUUUUGAGCAGUUUGUUCUCUGUCCUUAAUUUAUUCACUAUAUAAACUUUCAUCAACGCCACCUGAAAGCCUGGUAAUCUAUCUGUUAUGAUGCCAGAUAAUUUCUUCAACGUAUAUAUUGGGACCAGCUCGCUUCUUCCCUUUAUGGGCGGUUCUUCUGAUGCUGUAAAUGUUCCAUCCACAUCUCUAACGUCUCUAAAAAGCCGUUAACUGAAAAAAAUAUUUUAAGAUAUACAUAGUAAUUUAGAAAAACUGAUGUUUCUGAAAAAGUUAAACUAAAAACAGCUAGGUGCUCAUAGCAUUCUUUUAUAGAAACAUUAUUUUUUUGCCACCUUUUUAGCGAAAUUUCAAAAACUAUUUUUUGCAGCUAACGGCUUUAUCGUACGGUUCAAAUCGUACCUACUAUAUUUUUCGCAUGAUCAAAAAUGAUACGUGCAACAUGGCAUCUUGAAAUUAAUAUUAUCCUAGUCUUUAUUAAAAAAUUAAAUGUUCAUCUAAUUGGAUUAUAGAUCGUUGCAACGUAUAGUUCCUAUGGCAUUAUGUUGGCUCCCCUGUCUGUCCAAGUCAUUGGCACUAUAUUUGCAUAAGAAGACGCAGAUUUUGCGUCAACAUAAAAUCUGCGUCUUCUCAUGCCAAUAUGGUGUCAAUGACCACCCAAUGGGCAAUGAUUUCGACAGACAGGGUAGCCAACAUAACGCCAUAGGAACUAUUCGUUGAAACGAUGUACAGUUAGCGACCGCUUAGCCAGCUUCCGGUGUGUCUAAACAAAAAACUGUGACUAAAAUGUUUUUGUCUGUUUGUACUUGUGUAGGGACAAGACUGUCCUCCCGUUAAUCGCAAACGCGAGAGACUGGUGCGUUUUCAAAACAAAGGAUAUGCCAAGCGACCAACUUUUCGACCUUGCCGACAAAAUGUUCACUAAGGUCAAACCGUAGUAGUCUGUUACUUCAAGUUGUUGACGAUAAUAUUUUUAUACAAAAACGAGAAAAAAAAAACAAAAAAAAAACAUUAAAUAAUACUUAUUACAAUGUGGAAAUGUGAAUGCACAAAUAUUUAAUUUCGCUUCUUUUCUACUCGAUUAAAUUAUUUAAGGUGUUUAUAUAUUUUGUUUUUGUAUUUUUACGUAUUACUAUUGUUACUAAUCGCAGCCGUGAAAUGUAUAAUUGUAUAUGUAUAGAUAACAGUAUUUUGCGCGCCAUAUAAUUUCGCUUUGGCUGUUGUAUUAGUCCCUUAGGUAUGACUUGUAUUCGUCAAUUUACUAGUGCAAUUCACACGAUGCCUUAAUAACAUAUCUAAGUCAAUUUCGAGUAUAUUUUUGUGUUGUAUGUAAUGUUACAAUCAUUUAUAUUUGAAGACAUACAACGCUUGAACACCUGGUGAAGUAUUGCCGGGCGGAUUUAAAGUUUUUCAUUAUAUUAUUAUUGUAUAAGUGCUUGUCAUUGUUUAAACUGCGUAACAUUAAGAGUAAGUGUAAUUUUAUCUACAAAGUAAUGUAUGUUUAUAUUAUUAUUUAAGUAUUUAUUUACUCGUGCUCUCGUGAGAGGGAAUGCCGAUGUUAAAGCAAGUCUGGUGUUGCCAUAAUACAUCGGCUCGAAGCUUCCUAACACUAAAUCGUUAAGUGACGUCAGUCAUCUAGUUUUUACUAAUAAAUGAAUAAAAAACAAAAUAUUUUUGUCCUCAAACGAGGACAUCUCGUUACGAUAGUGUAAUCGAAUGUUAUAUAUCUAUUUUUAAAUAAUAAUGAAUACUAUUUUUUUAGCGUUAGACUUGUACUCUAAGGCUGUGAGAUCUAUGGAGCGUACUUUGGCUUUGCUCAGACUUAAGACACGCUUAAAAAGAGACAGAGUUAUAUGUCUGACAUAAAUCUGUCUCGUUUUAACUCUAUUAAAGUCUGAUCAAAGUCUAGACUAUAGAUCUCAGCCUUAGAAUAACAUCUGUGUUUUGAGAUCGCAGUUCGCGGAACGACCACGCAAUGAAAGGGGAACACUUCGUAAGGGUAUUUAUUAAGGGUUUAAAUUAUUGAAAUGUUAAAAGAUUAAUUUAUAAUAAUAUACACUUUUAAAUUGCUUAGCUGUGUGAUCUGAUCUAAUAAAACUUGUAUCUACCCAUAGUUAGAUUGUAUAAAACUAUGAAAAACUGAAUUAAAUGAUCGAAAGUAACUUUA